AUCAGAAUUUCGCGGCACUGCGUCACGAAACACCCGGAAGUGAGUUGUGGGAAGUGUUUUCGAAUUAAAAUGUAGGGUUGAUGGUAAUCUGCCUCAGGAAAACUGGUAUUAAAAGGUUAACUUUGUCAAGCACUGCAAGAUGGAAUCGUGGUGUAAUUCAAUGACUGGUUUAAAGAUAAACAGUUAGCCACACUAUCCAAAUGCUGGGCUAUGUAGUUCCACUGCCAUUGUUAUGGAUGUAUUUUUGCAUUACAAAAGCAAUAAAGGCGACUUGCAUGACUUGGUGGAUGUGGCAGAGAAGGCCCUUGAGGAGUUCCCAUGUCGCGUUUUACCCGUGUUUACCCCAUGGUUCCCGUCUGGCAGUGACAAAUCGCUGCCGAUUAUACCUCAAAAGCCUCCUCCUGUUAUUUCUGUGGAAGAACAAAAACAGAUCCAGUUCUACCUGUGGUGCUGCGAGCCGUUACUGUCAGCCCGAUGCAACAGUGAGGUCGAGGGCCUGAAGGAAUUCUCUACGGCGGAUGUGAAACAAUCCCUCACUCGUCGACGAGUGAUUUCCGAGGACGCGGCUUCCAGAGCUCACGACGAUGAAAUCGUUUCAGGGGAGAGAAGGCAAAGAUCGUGGAGCGUCGUCUCUUUGGGGAGCGUGCUGAGUAUAGAAAUUCAGCCGUUUUCCAGACAGUUCCAAAAGGUCGUGGAGCGCUUUGGGCUCCACUCUUUGCAGCGAGCGAAGUGGAUCAUCGGAGAGCUGAACUGCGUUACGAGCGAUCUGGAGCGCGUGUGGACUGCGCUGAGCCAGGCCACGAGGCACUCCCAGCUCCCAACGUGCAACGCCAACAUUCAGAGGAACUUGGCACAGAUAUGGGUGUUCUGUGAUGUUUUAUAUUCGGAAUAUGUCGGCCAUUUCCUGAAACGAGAGCUUGGCCUGUCCGGACAGAUCAGUUUAGCUGUUCAUAAACUAGGUGCCAUUUUUAGCUUGUAGCAAUGUGUCUUCACAGUCAUGAACUGACAUGAUGGGUGUUUUAAUUCUGUAACUUAUUCAUGUGAAUUAGCAUAACAUUUUGAAAGGCAUUUGCUUUGAAAUGAAUUUUCUAGGGGGAAAAAAAUGUUACUUCUAUAAGUAAUUGCAAUUGUUUAAUUUAAUCUGUAAAAUAUUUUUGACAUGACAAACAUUUGUCAGUUAAUGAAAACACUUGGAUGUAUUGUCUUUUUUUCUACCUCUGUCGAACUCGAUCAGUUUUUUUUCUUGACAAGCUGUGUUGUAUUUUAUACCAUUUCCACAGAACUGUUUAUAUUUUAUAAAAGGUAUUUGUAAUAUUAUUAAAUUAAUACUGAUGACUUUUAAAGCCAGCUCUUAUUUGUAACCAUUGAGUGUGCAAAUAAAUCUUUUAUUUUAUAAA